UUGCAAAGAGGGAGCUGGCGCCAAGGGGAAGCGUGGGGCCGUGGGGCUGGCGGGCCAUGAAGCCGCGAGACAGGAGCCCCCAUCGGAACAAGCCGUGGAAGAAACUCAAGAGCAUGGUCCACUGGUCGCCUUUCGUGGUGUCCUUCAAGAAGCGCUACCCCUGGGUGCAGCUGGCCGGCCAUGCGGGGAAUUUCAAAGCCGGGGACUACGGGCGGAUCAUGAAGAAGUUCUGCCCGCGGGAGCAGCAGUGCCUGGAGCACCUCAUGCGGGACUCACUGCGCCCCCAUGUGCCCACCUACUUCGGGCUGGCGCAGCGGGACGGCGAGCGCUACAACCAGAUGGAGGAUCUGCUGGCCAGCUUCGAGACGCCCUCCAUCAUGGACUGCAAGAUGGGGGUCAGGACGUACCUGGAGGAAGAGCUGGAGCAAGCUCGCCAGCGGCCCCGGCUGCGCUGUGACAUGUACGAGAAGAUGGUGGCGGUGGACCCGGGGGCGCCCACGCCCGAGGAGCACGCCCAGCGCGCCGUGCUCAAGCCCCGCUACAUGCAGUGGAGGGAGUCGCUCAGCUCCACCGCCACGCUGGGCUUCCGCAUCGAGGGCAUCAAGAAAGCUGACGGCACCUGCAGCACCAACUUCAAGAAGACGCGGCUGCCCGAGCAGGUGGUGCAGGCACUGGGCGACUUCGUGGACGGCGACAGAACCAUUCUGACUAACUACCUGGGCCGCUUGAAGGAGCUGCGGGCGGCGCUGGAGCAGUCCGAGUUCUUCAAGACCCACGAGGUGGUGGGGAGCUCUCUACUGUUUGUCCAUGACCGGACGGGGCUGGCCAAGGUCUGGAUGAUCGACUUCGGCAAGACGGUGCCACUGGCCGGGGGACAGACGCUGACGCACCGGCUGCCGUGGGUGGAGGGGAACCGGGAGGACGGCUACCUCUGGGGGCUGGACAAUCUCAUCGCCAUCUUCAGCACCAUGGAGCAGGACUGAGCCGGGCGCCGGCUCUGUGCAAUAGCUGGGCACUGCCGUGCGGUGCCCUCCCUGCCUCUUAUUUAUACAGCCAGAUAUGCUACAGCCCCGCUCGGAGCUGGGGCCCAUUGCGCCCCGUCUGCCUGGGCCAGCUUCCGGCGGCUCGGCUCAGACGGCCCCGCGCCGGGGAGAGGAUAGGUGCAGUGCCCGGCCUGUCACGCAGACGUCACAGGACCCGGUUUACGCCAGCUAACGGGAAGGGGCGAGAACUGGUCCCAUCUCGGAGAGGAGCCGUUUCCCGCCCAGCCGGGGGAACCCUGGGAAGGCUGAGAUUGGAGCUUCGGGGCGCUCGACGGGAGACACCCGCGUUUCGGAGGGCAUUGUCUCGGCGAUCCUGCACUCCAGGCCCCGGCAGUGACGCCGGCUGGAACCGAACCGAAGGGGGUUCGGAUCCUCCGGGCCCCUCGCCUGUUCACGGCCCAUUUUCCUUCAGCUCUGCUUAAUUUCACAGCUGGGCCCGGGGGGGGGCGAGGCCUCCCAGCCCCGAUUCCAGCCCCACCACCGGGCUGCUCCAGGGGACCUGAUCUGCAGGGAGCUGCCCGUGGGCGGGGCAGCAGCGCCCCCACCUUACCGAUUCAUGGGAGGUUAAAUUCGAGACACUUUAAAAGACUUUUUGGCAACAGCGACUGGGCCCUGGUGUGGCGGGCGGCUGUGGGCUCUGACGCAAGCCUCCCGGGUGGCGGGUCGACCCCCAGCUGCGGCUACAGGGUUCUCGUCCCUUCCCCUGAAGCAUUCGUGGCCCUGCUGGAGGGUGAGCCGGGCUGGAACGCUCAGCCUGUCUUUACAGGGGUCUCGGCCCCUUGAGAACCAACCGGGACGCCACCUCCUCUGCCAGCUGUGUGUGGGUCUCCUAGGCCAGCCUUGGGUUCUCGCCCUUCGCGCAGGGCCCUGGCCCGGGUACCUCCUCUGCCAGCUGUGUGUGGGUCUCCUAGCCAGCCUUGGGCUCUUGCCCUUCGCGCAGGGCCCUGGCCCCACCACCUCCUCUGCCAGCUGUGUGUGGGUCUCCUAGCCAGCCUUGGGCUCGCCGCGGGCUCUCACCCUUCGCACAGGGCGCUGCCACGGCCAGUCGCAGGCCACUUCUCUGCCAGGGUCCCGGCCCGGGCCGAGGAACACACGUGUCGCACCUGAUUCACAAGGGCCCGAGUGAGGCGCCUGGGUUCCUCUUGCUCUGCCGCGGUCUGGGCCUCGUUUCCUGAGCGCUCGCUGCGUCUGCGUGAGCAUCUCACGGGCAGAACCAACCCCCUGGGAGUCGCUUCCACCUGUCCCAGCUUCAAGCCUGGCCAGUGGGGAGCCUUUUCCAAGGCGCAAGGGACGGCUGGAUUCAGGAGCUCUGGCUGCAUUGGGCCCCGACCCUAGUGGCAGAGACGACCAAGGGCCCUGCUGGGAGCUGCCUGAGCCGUGGCCGCCCUGCGUGGGAGCCGGUCAGCUCUGCAGCCCCUGCCAGGUUCAGCUCUGCCUGAGCACGGACUCACUGCACCCACGAGCUUGUGGGGGCAGGUGGGCGUGGUUCAGGGGACCCUCCUCGGGCUCAGGAGCGCAGCGUGGAGCUGGCCAGCGGGGACGGGCCCUUCCGAAUCCAGUCGCCAGGGGUUCUGGCUGCCCUCAAUAGCGCUGGGUCGCACCGGCAGGGCAGAGGCCAAGCGCUGGAAAUGCGGCUGCCCCGGCUGAGCCACCGGCUCCGAGCCUUUGAUUCCAACCUCGGAGAGCAGCUGCCACAGGUGCUAGUCCCUGCCGGCCAUUCCCGGCCAGCCCGGGGCCCCGCAGCAGAACCGACAGCGGCACUCAAGAGUCCCCAGCCGAGAUCCGGGCCCUGCACGCACCCCGCGAGAGACAGUCCCUGCCCAAAGAGCUCACAGUCCAGACAAAGGCGGGGAGGGGAAACUGAGGCACGGAGUGGGGCAGAGGCUUGCCCGGGGUCAGUGGCAGAGCUGGGAAUGGAACCCAGGAGUCAGCACCUAACCCACGCGACCUUGCUGCCCGAGGCUGUGAGCGGGUCAGCUCCUGCGGGGGAGGGGGGGGUCUGAACAGGUCCCCCAGUGGUAGCGGAGCCCCUCCAGCCAGUGGAGCGAGGGGUGCUAAGGCAGGACGUUCUCAGGACCGAGCGUUGUCCCUGGCCCAUUCCCCUGCGUGGGGCUCUGCCGCCCCUCUGGAGACGGGAACACGGCUAGGCCUCCGGGGCCGGAACCUGUCACAAUAAACAGAACCUGCCGGUGUGGAA